UUUGCACGCCGACCCAGCCUAGCCACUCCGCACGCUCGCGAAACCAACGCGAGUCCAGUGAAUCAUAAAUAAUCUUGUGACAGUGACAUGGUUUUGUGUACCGAUCGGAUACCGUGAUUGGGAAGCGACAGUCGUUGUUAGUGGUGCAGGGGGCGUGCGGUGAUGAGCCGCGAGCGCCCGCGUUCGACACAUGCAUGUCGCCCGUGCAUCCGGUGUGGUUGUGAUGACAUGGUGGUGGGCGGUCGCGCUUCUAGCGCUGAUAGCGCCCGCCCUCCCAACGCCCCGGGCGGGCAAUGGUGAGCAAAUUUACAGUUACCAAUUGCUAUCAGGCAAGUCCUGUAAAGCGGGCAGCGCGAUAGGCAAGUGCAUGUUCGUGCAGGAGUGCAUUAGACAAGGCGGCACCCACACUGGCGUGUGCGUCGACGGCUUUAUCUUCGCGUCUUGCUGUCGGUUACCGGAGAAACCAAUUAAUCUAGAAGGCACCCAUAAUCCAGUAACAAUCACGGAACGCACGUUUUCAGCGCCAUCUAGUAGCACAACUACUACAACCGAGCAAGCUCCAUCGUCAACGCAAGCGACGCGGCCCAGUUAUCAAACUCAACGGCCGUCGUUCAUGACUAAGCCGAUAGAUGGCGCUCCUACAUCUUACGGAUACCGGCCACCGGAAAUCAACAUACCUUCUUUAAGCAAUUUAGAUACGAGUAGCGAACAAAAUAGUGAUAUAGUUAAUAAAAUAUCAUAUAACAUUGUAAAUAAAUACCAAAAUGUACAUAGGCCGAACGGUGAUGCGGAUGCUAGUCCCCAUAACAAGAUUUCGUCUAGUCUUAGCAUAAUACCUGGGGCGAGACCCAUGGCUGUUUCUGAGCAGCACGCUGAAAACAGUGUUCCUGCAGCUCAGUAUAUGUCGAGACCAAGCAACAUGAACACUGCCCAUUGGCAAGUGACAACUGAGCCGAAUUUCAUAACGAAACCUCGUCCAUCAUGGGAGAAGCCGGCUGGUAAACCGAAGCCUACAAAGAAGUUCACAACCACGACGAGUAAGCCUCACAAGAACUACUUGAAGCCGGGUUCUAUGGGAACCGUUAUCAACAAGAUUGACCACUCAACCCCAGAAACGCAGACGACGGCCGCUACAAAUGCGGCCGAGUGUGGUGUGACUUCAAUGUGGCCGCGGCCAGAGACCCGCAUCAUGGGCGGGAAGGACUCCAGCUUCGGUCGCUGGCCGUGGCAAGUAUCUGUGAGGAGGACAUCGUUCUUCGGUUUUUCCUCGACCCACCGCUGCGGAGGGGCCAUCAUUAACGAAGGAUGGAUCGCAACCGCGGGACAUUGCGUUGACGACCUUCUGACUUCACAAAUCAGGAUUAGGGUAGGAGAGUACGACUUCUCUACGGUAUCAGAGGAAUAUCCGUUUGUCGAACGUGGUGUAGCCAGAAAGGCGGUUCAUCCAAAAUACAAUUUCUACACAUACGAAUACGACUUGGCGCUGGUGAAACUGGAGUCGUCCGUGCAAUUCGCUCCGCAUAUAUCGCCGAUAUGCUUGCCGGCCUCAGACGAUUUGUUGGUUGGAGAGAACGCGACAGUCACCGGCUGGGGGAGGCUCUCGGAAGGCGGAGUACUGCCUUCGGUGUUACAAGAGGUACAAGUACCAAUAGUUUCCAAUGAGAGAUGCAAGUCGAUGUUUUUGAGGGCGGGACGACAGGAAUUCAUUCCUGACAUUUUCCUUUGUGCGGGACACGAAAGAGGAGGCCACGAUUCUUGCCAGGGAGACUCAGGCGGACCCUUACAGGUUAAAGGCAAAGAUCAGAGAUAUUUCCUAGCUGGUAUAAUUAGCUGGGGAAUCGGAUGCGGCGAAGCAAACUUACCGGGUGUGUGUACGAGAAUAUCAAAAUUCGUUCCCUGGAUCCUACAGACUGUUAACUCAUAAGCCAAUGAAAAUAAUAAUCGGUAAUGUUAAAUUGAUAGUGACUUUAAAACGGUUACUGGUGAUUACGAAGUGAACGGUGUAGAUGAUAAUUGAAUGACAAUGAAACGAAAUUAUGAUGAUGAUAAUGAUGAUGAUGAUGAUGAUAAUGAUGAUGGAACAAGUGCAGUGUGUUACCUUCAAAAAUGUUGAUUUGAUUCAACGUUUUCUGAGGCGUUUUAUUUGGAAAAGUCCACCUUGAGGCUCUACAGAGCUCGCUUUAGCGAAAUUCUGUAUGGAUGUAUAGUGAUGAGCUUCGCUCGGGUGAAAAUUCUCGGCUGGAACAAUAAUAAACGCCCUUGUCACUACUGCUUUGGUUGUAUUCUGUGUAGAACUAUCUAGAUGUGUUUUCAUUUUAGCGUAAUUCGUUUCAGACGGAAGUACAUUAAACUGAUUGUAUUUUACGACAUGCACUAAAUAACUAAUAUCAAUUGUAUUCGAUCUUCCCGCGGAUCAUCAUGUUUACGAGUUUCAAAAAUCAUUAUUUGUAAAUACCAUUAUUGUUAAGAAUGUCUAAAUUAAAUAAAUAAAUAGAUUAAAAAAUGUUUAAUUAUAUACGUGUAUAUAUAACGUGUAACGGUCUUGCCUCUGUUAUUUAAUAAGUUUAUUGUAUUUACAGUAUUAUCGGCACUAUAGACAUUUUAGCUUUGUAAAUACCUCAUCAUCGUCUACUGUUCUGUUCAGUGUGCU